CACACACAAGGUCAGGAAGUGAGUUCACAACAUCUUAAGAGUCUAUGUGCAGCAGGUGCUUCACUUCAGUCCUCACUUCAGUCCUCCACACAAGACUACUUCUAAGCACAAUGGAAAGUGGCACGAGAAGUUCUCUCUUGUGGUUUCUCCUGCUCAACCAGCUGACGUUCUGUCUUACUAAUGAAACAUCUUCAACCAUGAAACCAAGCGAAGGCACAAUUACAAGUGGCACCUCAACCCUUAUGACAUCCCUCCCUCCCAAUGACACAAACUCUGACGGGGACAACAACUGCCCCCGAGUCGACUGCUUGAUUAACAGUGAGAUGGAACUGAUUGCUAUAGGUUCAGCAGGGGGGCUGAUAGUGUGCCUUCUGGUUGCUACUGUGGUACUGGCAUGCCAGGUCUGCCAACUUCAGCGGCGGGUUAAUGCUCCUCGGGCCUCCCGUUCCAACUUAGACUUGGUGAGUGGUACGGGCUACUGGGGCACUGACCUGCCCGAGGUCGAAGGACUGGUUGGGCCAUGUGAUGCCAGUGUCAUGCUUGAGGAGGUGAAAGCAGACAGCAGGAUGGAGGAGGAUAGGCAGCCUGAAAUAGAAGAGCCAUACGAGGGGGCUGAGGCAGGAUUUGAGGAAGGGGCGACUGCGAUGGCUUUUGAUCCUGAGGAAAAGGCCAGUCAGAUGCAAAGCUCCAGCUCCAGGGACUCCUGUCUGGAAGUUCCCAAGGAUCUAGAGAAUAUGCCCCUUGUUGUGUGAGGAGGUAACCUCAUGAUGGUAAAUUGCAGCCCCAGACACAGACUGUAACCACUCAGUUCAGCUGAUGUACAGUGGGUCAUCCACUUACUUUGCAAUUUAUUUAAUCUCACAGAAUUUGAUUACGACCUCAGUAAAAUUAAGAGCUGCCUGGGUAUUAUUUGAAACUUUAGAUACUUGCCGAUAUAAUACCAGAAUUUUAUCUUUUGAUACAUUAUUAUGAGAGAUGUAAACACAUUUUUCUACAUGAACCUUUUUUAUUCAUUAAAUAAGACAAGUUCUCAAAUAUAAGAUAGCUCAAUAUUUUAAUCUAAAUCAAAGAUUACUAUAAUUACCAAUUUGAGAAAGCAUUUGAUACCAGCUUUUGGGACUGUGGUUUUUGAUGCUCCAGACAAUUCGGUAGGUAGCAGAAAUGUAUUGAGGUUUGAUUCUCAGCAUAAGUAAAAUGUGUAGAUAGUUUUAUUUAUGAUGCUACUAGUUCAAACUAUUAGAAAAAAAUGUGAAGUACAUAAAACACCUCUUAUUUUAAAUACUUUAGGCAAGUCUUUAUUCAAAAGUAAAAUGGCAAAAAGGUCUUCUUGGCCAACUUAAGAACAGAACAUUUUGAACAGUGAGAUGUACAUUUUUCAUGAGGAUCAGUUAGGUAGAACUUUAAACAUCUAACAUGAUACACUUCUUUCUCUAUGCACUUGCUUAGCAAAUUUGAGUCAUUGUAAGGCUGCUUGAUUUGGCCUAAUUUUCUUGUUUAAUUACAUAACUGAGUGAAGAUUGUAAUUUAAAAAAACAGACUUAAAGGUAGACCAACAAGUGUAAAUCAAUACAUGUUGAUUUGUACGAACAAGAUCCUAAGAUCUAGCCUUGGAUUUGACACCAGGGAUCUUAUGUGUUGAAAAAACCUGUGUUGAAAUGAACAAAUGUCAGAAAGUUUGGUAAAUUGUCUGCCAAGAGUCCUUGAUUUAUUUAACUUUUGUUGAACUUUGCUUCUGUCAGUUGAGCCGUCUCUGAUCUCUUACCUGUA